AUGGAGAAAGUCGAAGCUCUCGUGGACCGUGCCAAACAGUUAGUACUUCACGAGGCACCCGAGACACCAACAUACACGGUUGACCAAUUCCACCCAUCUUUGGACGAUCAUCUCCAAAGGAUCUACACGACUGUAAAUACGCGUGCUCCAACUACAAACUAUUUCCUCCAAGAAGUGCAGCAUGACACUACCGUCGCAACUUCUCCCGAGCCUGUCGCCGACAUUUUGGCUUCUCUUGAUGCGUUUCGUGCCUACAUGAAAGAUGCGAAUUCGUCUGCGAUGGCACUUGAAGAAGCUUUGGAUCUUUCCGCCCCGAUUUCAGAUUACUUCAUCUCGUCGAGCCACAACACCUAUUUGACGGGUAAUCAGCUCUACGGAGACGCUGCUGCUAGCGCCUAUACAUCUGACCCGGAUUUCAAUUUACUCACGAUUCAACAGGUCCUCCUCCGCGGCUGCAGGUCGGUCGAGAUUGAUGUCUGGGAUGGAGAAUCCGACACCGCAAACUCCAGCGACAGCGACAGCCGUGAUUCCGAGACUGAAGAAGGGAGCAGUUCUGGGAGCAAGUUAAAAGAAAAGGCGAAGGCCAAGAAAAGUAGCAACGAGAAACACGCCAAAGGACAGAAAGAAUCAGUCGCGUCCAAGUUGGAAGCCAAACUUAGUGGCGUACUUCGUCGCAAAUCUGUCAAGUCGCCCAAGCGACCACUCGAUGCAGAGACUGCAACGAGCCAUAUGCCUGCCCCCAUUGAGCCUCGUGUUCUGCAUGGUCACACCCUGACCAAGGGAACCACAUUCCGUGAAAUCUGCUAUGCAAUCCGGGACAGUGCCUUUGUUGCCAGUGAUCUCCCACUGGUCAUCAGUCUUGAGGUACAUGCGUCUCUUGAGCAGCAACAGACAAUGGUGGAUAUCAUGCUGGAGGCGUGGAAAGGAUUGCUCGUGGAGGCUCAUCCGGAGGGUGGGAAUCUUCCCUCGCUGGUGGAAUUGAAAAAAAAAAUUUUGAUUAAAAGCAAAUGUGUUCCAUUCGUUGACGAGGACGAGAAAAUCGAAGGAGAGGCGCUGACGCCGCAACAAUCCGAUGAUACGUCCUCGGGGCAGCAGCCGCUGAAGCCAGCCAAGAUUCUUGACGCUCUGGCCAAGAUGGCUGUCUAUACUCGCGCGUAUCACUUCAGUCAUUUUGAUCAACCGGAGGCCAGAAUUCCUUUCCAUGUGUUCUCGCUCUCCGAGAGAGCAGCGCGAGAAGCCCAUGCCAACCACCGCGACGCCUUGUUCGAGCACAAUCGAACAUCGAUGAUGCGUAUCUACCCGUACGCAUUCCGAGUCACCUCGUCGAACUUCGAUCCGACAUUCUACUGGCGGCGUGGCGCUCAGCUAGUAGCAUUGAACUGGCAGAACCUUGAUAAGGGCAUGAUGCUCAAUCAUGGAAUGUUUGUCGGAAGCCGCGGCUGGCGAUUGAAGCCCUCCGGGUACCGAAGCAGCAAAAAUACUCCGACGGAUGUUAUCGACCGUCGUAGCUUAACACUCUCUAUCGAGAUUUUCGCCGCGCAACAUCUCUCUCUGCCGCCGGGCAAUCACAGCGAGAGGGGAUUUAAACCCUAUGUGAACUGCCAGCUGCACGUCGAAGAACCGGAAGGCGAUGUUACCUCGGACCAGGACGACGCGAGUUCCGACACAGAGAAAAGUAGCUACAGGCGGUGCACGAAGAGUUCUUCAGGUCGUAACCCGGACUUCAAGGGUCAGAAGUUGCAAUUCCCGACCGUGGCGGGGAUAGUUGAGGAGCUGAGCUUCCUACGAAUCAAGAUCAAGGACGAUGAGAUCGGUCGGGACUCGUUAGCUGCGUGGGCUUGCAUCCGAAUUGACCGACUGCGGGAAGGCUAUCGAUUGAUUCACCUCCAUGAAUGCGCCGGCGAAAAGGCUGGGGGAAUCUUGCUGGUUAAUAUUGUAAAACAGGUCUCUUAA